ACCGGUGUACGCCGAAAGUCGCCCAGGCGGGCGGUGUCGGCACUCGAUAAACCGCUCCUAUCUGCCGGUUGACCCGCUCCAGCCGGGCUACCAAGACGGUCGCGGAUGCAAAAAUAGGCUCAGUAUACCUAAUAAUGACAACAGACGUUGGGCAGUCUCGGUCAGUUGUCCUUAAUCAAUCUAUUUUGGCGGCUAACUCCACCUAUACCAAGGCCCUAAAUCCAGACCGACCGCCUCGGUAUCUAUAAUAAGUGCACCCAUUGUACUUUUUAUCGGCUGUUGCACGUUAGCCGACUGUUGGAUGCCGUUAUAGCUAGCUAACCCGAUUUAUAUGGAAUGUUUUGAUAAUAACAACGACCGAGGGUAUUUAGUAAUUAAUUUGAAAAUAUUACAGGGGAAAAAAUGAACAGUCGACUGCAAGAGAUCCGCCAGCGACAAAAACUUAGGCGGCAGCUUUUAGCUCAACAGUUGGGAGCUGAAAGUGCAGACAGCAUUGGAGCUGUCCUAAACAGUAAAGAUGAACUAAAAGAGAUAGAGGAGACAAGAGAAACAUGCAGGGCUUCAUUUGAUAGUUCAGCUCUGCCUUCUAAAAGGAAGGCACAGACGGAGGGAGAGGACACAGAGGAAGAUGUGGAAGAACAAAAGGAUGAGGUGGAAGUGCAGCAGCCGGAUGAAAGCAACCCAUAUGAGGAGGUGUACAAGGACUCAAGUACUUUCCUUAAGGGUACCCAGAGUUUGAACCCUCAUAAUGACUACUGUCAGCACUUUGUGGACACAGGCCACAGGCCACAAAACUUCAUCAGAGACGUUGGCUUGGCUGACCGAUUCGAAGAAUACCCUAAACUUCGAGAGCUGAUCAGACUGAAGGACGAACUCAUCUCCAGCACCAACACCCCUCCGAUGUACCUCCAGGCUGACCCUGAGCACUUUGACCUGCAGGACUUGAAGUGCAAGUUUGAUGUUAUUCUGCUUGAACCUCCCUUAGAGGAAUACUACAGAGAAUCUGGCAUCAGCCACACUGAACGUUUCUGGACCUGGGAUGAUAUCAUGAAACUUGAAAUUGAGGAGAUAUCAGCUCUACGCUCCUUUGUCUUUCUCUGGUGUGGCUCUGGUGAAGGCCUGGACUUGGGCAGAAUGUGUUUGAGGAAGUGGGGCUUUAGGCGGUGUGAGGAUAUUUGUUGGAUCAAGACCAAUAAGAAUAACCCAGGCAAGACAAAGGCACUGGACCCAAAAGCAGUGUUCCAGAGGACUAAGGAACACUGCCUAAUGGGGAUCAAAGGCACAGUGCGUAGGAGUACUGACGGUGACUUUAUCCAUGCCAACGUGGACAUUGACUUGAUCAUCACUGAGGAGCCUGAGAUGGGAAAUGUAGAGAAGCCUGUAGAGAUUUUCCACAUCAUUGAGCACUUCUGUUUGGGCCGCAGGAGGUUGCACCUGUUUGGGCGAGACUCAACCAUCAGACCAGGCUGGUUGACAGUGGGUCCUACUUUGACAAACAGUAACUUUAACCCAGAGACCUACGCCUCACAUUUUGGCCUGCCUAACUCCCAUCUUUCUGGCUGCACUGAGGAAAUAGAGAGGCUGCGGCCCAAAUCUCCCCCUGCCAAGCUGAAGUCGGACCGUGGUGGCGGAGCACCCAGAGGUGGACGUGGCGGGCCGAAUGCAGGAAGAGGCGGAGACAGAGGCCGUGAAAGAAACCGACCAAAUUUCCGUGGGGACAGGGGAGGGUUUAGGGGCAGGGGAGGGCCACACAGGGGUUUUCCACCCCGCUAGAGCAUAGAUCUCAUGCCAAAUAGACUGAUACUAAGAAUUUCCAUCUGCAUUAACCCCAAAAACAGGAUUGUUUGUAAUGCAGUUGGUAUGGUUAAUAUGUGACACCUGAGAAGUUAAGUGAGAGCGAUCAGUCAUUUUGAAUCUUUUUGGUUUGUUUAUAUUUUUUCAUGGAUAUACUUUACAUUGAAUGGUUAUUCUCUGAAUAAACACUCUUUUCACUA